AUGAUCUCUCAGACUGGCUUCCUCUGGCUGCUGCUUCUCUGGGCUCCUGGCUCAAGCGGGCAGGUCGCGAUGACUCAGACUCCAGAGUCCCUGUCUGUGGUCCCGGGACAGACAGUCACUAUCAACUGCAAGGCCAGUUCCAGCAUUGGCUCCUACGCACACUGGUACCAGAAGAAACCCAGGCAGACACCCAAGCUUGUUAUCUACAAUGCCAACAACCACCCAUCUGGGAUCCCCGACCGGUUCAGUGGCAGUGGGUCUGGCACUGACUUCACACUCACCAUCAGCCACGUGGAAGCUGAUGAUGCUGGAGACUAUUAUUGCUCGCAGAGUGGCUACAGUGCCCCUUCCCACAGUGAAUCCCAUGGGCAGAUUGUUAUAACUCCGACACCGGCUUCUGUGACGGUGCUUCCAGGAGAGACGCUCACCAUCCAGCGCAAGGCCUCCAGCUCCGUGGGUGCUGACAUGUCCUUGUUUCUGUUUAAAUCAGGACAAAAUACCAAGCUUUUCAUACCUGCUACAACCUCCCGUGUCACCAGGGUCCCCGACCGGUUCAGUGGCAGUUACAGCAGCACUGUCCAAGUCACUAGCAGUUAUCCUACUUCAGCCUUGGCAACAGCCAGGUCUCCACUAGACCCCUGCGUGUUGAAACCUCCUGAUGUGUGCCCCGUGCUCCUAAAUUAG